AACGAGCCAGACGGCCUGCGUACAAAAUUCCGACUUCCGUAGCCGUCGUUACAAAACGUCGGAAUCGGCAAUCUGUCCCUGUUUAUCCUCCUCCUCGAGACGCACCAGAGCGCGGUGCUCGACUGGUAUAUCCUACUCCUGCUACAAAGCUUCAACUAUGGGCCGCAAAAUCUUCUUGACUGGAGCGACGGGAUACAUCGGUGGCUCCGUCUUCGACACCAUCGUCACGCAUCAUCCCGAGUAUGAAGUCACCGUGCUGCUUCGCAAUGUACCCCAGGACUUUUCUUCCCGGUACCCAAAGGUCAAGAUUAUAAAGGGCGACUAUGACAGCCACGACAUUCUCGCCGCAGCCACAUCGAACGCUGACGUCGUUGUCCAUAAUGGAAACUCCGACCAUGAACCAUCCCUCAAGGCAAUCAUUUCAGGCCUGCUGACCCGCCAAACACCGGGCUUCCUCCUCCACCUCUCCGGCAGUGGCAUCCUCUCCGACUUUCGCUCCGACACGUACCUAGGCAAGCUGAAUCCCAAGAUCUGGUCCGACGUUGACGAUCGAGAUGCGAUUUCACGUCUCCCGGAUGACGCGCUGCACCGCAACACGGAGAUGCUCCUCGGCAAGACCGUGGCCGAGCACGGCGACAAGAUCAACAUUGCCAUCAUGUGCCCUCCCGACAUCUACGGUAAAGGUAAAGGCCCGGGCAAGACCUGGAGCGCCUUUGUGCCCAUGUAUGUCGACUCGGUGCCCAAGGUUAAUAAUCGGAUCUUCUAUUACCGCGACGGAGCCAACACUAGAAGCUGGGUGCACAUUGACGAUCUCAUGACGCUGUACCUGCACGUCGUCGAGGCUGCCGUGGCUGGUGGAGGCAACGCACAGUGGAACCGAGAGGGGUAUUACUUCGCGGGCACUCAAGAGCACUCGCACAUCGAUGUCGUCAGCGCGAUUGGAAAACACUUGUCCGCGCAGGGUGUGAUUGAGAAUGGCGCGCCGGUGGCCGUCGAUAUCAAGGCCAUCGAUUCAACGGUGAACGUGCCGUGGUUGCCCGGGCUGGCGCGAUAUCUGUGGGCGUCCAACUCGCGUACCAGAGCUGAUCGUGCGAGGAAGCUCUUUGGCUAUCAGGGCAAGGCGCCGGGACUGUUGGAGGUGCUUGAGGCAGAUGUGGCGCACGCCAUUUCGAAAACUUGAGUCGAGGAGGUGCUAGGGCCGUAAGAUUUACGCACCUGCACGAGGCAUGGUCCCCCACCGGUGCUCAAGCCCUGGAAGGCGGGUGGAGAUGGUAGCAACACUUCCCAAAAGCAUGCGUUCCACGUUGGUCUUUUCAUCAGCUCUGCGACACUCGAUGUAGGCAAUGCUCAAUGGUGUCCGGAACAACAUC